AUGAAAUACGAGCUUGUGUUCGUACCAGCUCCUGGAAUCAGUCAUCUAAGAUCAUCAGUGGAGAUGGCGAAACUACUAGUCGAUCGAGAAACCCGCCUCUCUAUCACCGUCAUCAUCCUCCCUCUCAUUUUCCGGGGCCAAAACGGAGCCAAUGAUUCCGCUUACGUGGCAGCUCUCUCCGCCGCAUCUAACGACAGACUCCGCUACGAGUUGAUCUCCGAGGAAAGUCAACGACCAACCGCCUGGCCCAAGAAUGACAACCAUAUCGAGAACCAGAAGCCAAAGGUGAGGCUAGCCGUUGCGAAACUCGUCCACGACUACUCGAUGGUACCGGACUCGCCACGGAUCGCUGGCUUUGUCAUGGACAUGUUCUGCGUCUCGAUGAUUGACGUGGCGAACGAGUUUUGCGUUCCGAGUUAUCUAUUUUACACCUCGAACGCUGGGAUUCUCGCACUCAAGCUUCACGCCCAGACGCUGUACGGUGAUGAGGAUAAAUACGGUCUGAACGAAACAGAGUUCGAAGACUCAGAGGCUGAGUUGAUCGUCCCGAGUUUGACUCGUCCUUAUCCGGUGAAGUGUCUUCCUUACUUUUUUGCAUCGAAACAGUUGCGACCGGUGAUCGAAAGGUUCAAAGAGAUUAAGGGUAUUAUGAUAAAUACUGUUGCUGAGCUUGAACCGCAUGCGUUGAAGUAUCUAUCGAGUGGUGAUACUCCUCGUGUUUAUCCGGUGGGACCAAUGUUGCAUCUCGAGAACCAAGUUGACCAUAAGCAAUCAGAGAUUUUAGAAUGGCUUGACGAGCAACCGGCUAAAUCGGUGUUGUUCCUCUGUUUCGGGAGCAUGGGAGGUUUCAACGAGGAACAAGCGAGAGAAAUCGCUGUCGCGCUAGAUCGAAGCGGCCACCGUUUCCUCUGGUCGCUCCGCCGUGCAUGUCCGGAUACAAAAUUUCCCGGAGAAUUCACGAAUCUGGAGGAGAUUCUCCCGGAAGGAUUCUUUGAUCGGACGAAGGAGAGAGGGAAAGUGAUUGGAUGGGCUCCACAAGUGGCCGUGUUGGGGAAACCGGCGAUCGGGGGUUUUGUCACUCAUUGCGGGUGGAAUUCGAUGCUCGAGAGCCUCUGGUUUGGUGUUCCGACUGCGGCAUGGCCGUUAUAUGCGGAGCAGAAAUUCAACGCUUUUGAAAUGGUGGAGGAGCUAGGAUUGGCGGUGGAUAUAAAGAAACAUUGGAGAGGCGAUCUUUUGUCUGGAGUGGCGUCGGAGACGGCGAUGGCAGAGGAGAUAGAGAAAGGGAUCAGAUGUUUGAUGGAGCAGCAUAGCGAGGUGAGGAAAAGAGUGAAGGAGAUGAGCGAGAAGUGCCAUUUGGCUUUGAUGGACGGUGGAUCGUCGCGGAUUGGUUUGCAAAGGUUUAUUCAAGACGUUUUAAAGAAUAUCGAUUCGACGGAUAGGGGAUCGGAGCCUGUACGAUCUUGA